AUGGUCUUAGUGAUUCUCCUAGUGAUUCUCCAUAGUAAUUCUCCUAGUGAUUCUCCUAGUGAUCCUCCCAGUAAUCCUCUUAGUUAUUCUCCUAGUCAUCAUCAUAGUGAUUCUCCUAGUGAUCCUCCUAGUGAUUAUCCUAGUGAUUCUCCUAGUGAUUUUCCUAGUGAUUCCUCCCCUAGUGAUUCUCCUAGUGAUUCACUUAUGAUCCUCCUAGUGAUUCUUCUUAAUUCUCCUAGUGAUCCUCAUAGUGAUUCUCCUAGUGAGUCUCCUAGUGAUCCUCAUAGUGAUUCUCCUAGUGAUCCUCAGAGUGAUUCUCCUAGUGAUCCUCAUAGUGAUUCUCCUAGUGAUCCUCAUAGUGUUUAUCCUAGUGAUUCUCCUAGUGAUUUUCCUAGUGAUUCCUCCCCUAGUGAUUCUCCUAGUGAUUCACUUAGUGAUUCUCCUAGUGAUCCUCCUAGUGAUCCUCAUAGCGAUUCUCCUAGUGAUGGUCUUAGUGAUUCUCCUAGUGAUUAUCCUAGUCAUCCUCAUAGUGAUUCUCCUAGUGAUCCUCCUAGUGAUUAUCCUAGUGAUUCUCCUAGUGAUUUUCCUAUGAUCCUCAUAGCGAUUCUCCUAGUGAUUCUCCUAGUGAUCCUCACAGUGAUUCUCCUAGUGAGUCUCCUAGUGAUCCUCAUAGUGAUCCUCCCAGUGAUCCUCAUAGUGAUUCUCCUAGUGAUCCUCACAGUGAUUCUCCUAGUGAUUCUCCUAGUGAUUUUCCUAGUGAUUCCUCCCCUAGUUAUUCUCCUAGAUUCUCUUAGUGAUUCUCCUAGUGAUCCUCAUAGCGAUUCUCCUAGUGAUUCUCCUAGUGAUUCUCCUAGUGAUCCUCCUAGUGAUCCUCCUAGUGAUCCUCCUAGUGAUUCUCCUAGUGAUCCUCACAGUGAUUCUCCUAGUGAGUCUCCUAGUGAUCCUCAUAGUGAUCCUCCCAGUGAUCCUCAUAGUGAUUCUCCUAGUGAUCCUCACAGUGAUUCUCCUAGUGAGUCUCCUAGUGAUCCUCAUAGUGAUCCUCCCAGUGAUCCUCCUAGUGAUUCUCCUAGUGAGUCUCCUAGUGAUCCUCAUAGUGAUUCUCCUAGUGAUCCUCAGAGUGAUUCUCCUAGUGAUCCUCAUAGUGAUUCUCCUAGUGAUCCUCCUAGUGAUUAUCCUAGUGAUUCUCCUAGUGAUUUUCCUAGUGAUUCCUCCCCUAGUGAUUCUCCUAGUGAUUCACUUAGUGAUUCUCCUAGUUAUUCUCCUAGUGAUCCUCAUAGCGAUUCUCCUAGUGAUGGUCUUCGUGAUUCUCCUAGUGAUUAUCCUAGUCAUCCUCAUAGUGAUUCUCCUAGUGAUCCUCCUAGUGAUUAUCCUAGUGAUUCUCCUAGUGAUUUUCCUAGUGAUUCCUCCCCUAGUGAUUCUCCUAGUGAUCCUCCUAGUGAUUCUCCUAGUGAUCCUCAUAGUGAUCCUCCUAGUGAUUCUCCUAGUGAUCCUCCUAGUGAUUCUCCUAGUGAUCCUCAUAGCGAUUCUCCUAGUGAUGGUCUUAGUGAUUCUCCUAGUGAUUCCCCUAGUGAUUCUCCUAAUUCUCCUAGUGAUUCUCCUGAUUCUCCUAGUGAUCCUCAUAGUGAUUUUCCUAGUGAUCCUCACAGUGAUUCCCCUAGUGAUUCCUCCCCUAGUGAUUCUCCUAGUUAUUCUCCUAGUGAUCCUCAUAGUGAUUCUCCUAGUGAUCCUCAUAGUAAUUCUCCUAGUGAUUCUCCUAGUCAUCCUCAUAUGAUCCUCAUAGCGAUUCUCCUAGUGAUGGUCUUAGUGAUUCUCCUAGUGAUUCUCCUAGUCAUCCUCCUAGUGAUUAUCCUAGUGAUCCUCCUAGUGAUUAUCCUAGUGAUUCUCCUAGUGAUUUUCCUAGUGAUUCCAGUGAUUCUCCUAGUUAUUCUCCUAGAUUCUCCUAGUGAUUCUCCUAGUGAUCCUCAUAGCGAUUCUCCUAGUGAUUCUCCUACUCAUCCUCAUAGUGAUCCUCCUAGUGAUCCUCCUAGUGAUUCUCCUAGUGAUUCUCCUAGUGAUCCUCAUAGUGAUUCUCCUAGUGAGUCUCCUAGUGAUCCUCAUAGUGAUUCUCCUAGUGAUCCUCAUAGUGAUUCUCCUAGUGAUCCUCAUAGUGAUUCUCCUAGUAAGUCUCCUAGUGAUCCUCAUAGUGAUUCUCCUAGUAAGUCUCCUAGUGAUCCUCAUAGUGAUUCUCCUAGUGAUCCUCAUAGUGAUUCUCCUAGUGAUUCUCCUAGUGAUUCUCCUAGUGAUUCUCCUAGUGAUUCUCCUAGUGAUUCUCCCAGUGAUCCUCCUAGUGAUUCUCCUAGUCAUCCUCAUAGUGAUUAUCCUAGUGAUUCUCCUAGUGAUUCUCCUAGUGAUUUUCCUAGUGAUUCCUCCCCUAGUGAUUCUCCUAGUGAUUCACUUAAUUCUCCUAGUGAUUCUCCUGAUUCUCCUAGUGAUCCUCAUAGUGAUUUUCCUAGUGAUCCUCACAGUGAUUCUCCUAGUGAUUCCUCCCCUAGUGAGUCCCUUAGUGAUUCUCCUAGUGAUCCUCAUAGUGAUUCUUCUAGUGAUUCUCAUAGUGAUUAUCCUAGAUUCUCCUAG